UCGUGUCAAAGUCAAAUAUAGUGUCAUUCGUCAAAGUGAUGAUAACUUUCAAAACACUGAUAUUUUAUAAUAUUCCUUUUUAGAUUGAAAAUUUUCAAUGGGCUCUUCCCAGAGUCUUGAAGUACCAGGUGGUGGAUCAGAAGGUUAUCAUGUCUUACGGGUUCAAGACGGCUCCCCAGGCCAAAAAGCAAACUUGGAACCAUUUUUCGACUUUAUCGUUGCGAUAGAAAAUACAAGAUUGGAUCAAGAUAAUGACACCCUGAAAGAAUUAUUAAAAAAGAAUGUUGAUAGGAAUAUUAAGAUGCUUGUAUACAGUAGUAAAACACAAUCGGUUCGUGAAGUUUUUAUCACUCCUUGUUCCAAUUGGGGCGGAGAAGGACUGCUUGGUGUUAGUAUCCGCUUUUGUUCAUUUGAAGGAGCAACUGAAAAUGUGUGGCAUAUCCUGGAAGUUCAUCCUUCUUCACCUGCAGAGCUUGCAGGACUUAGACCUUUUUCAGAUUACAUAAUUGGAGCUGAUUCAAUAAUGCAUGAAAGUGAAGAUUUAUUUACACUUAUAGAGGCACAUGAAGGAAGACCUCUGAAAUUGUAUGUAUACAAUGUAUCUGAUGAUAUAUGCCGUGAAGUGGUUAUUACUCCAAAUCAUAAUUGGGGUGGUGAAGGCAGUCUUGGCUGUGGUAUUGGCUAUGGAUACUUGCAUAGAAUUCCUAUCCGAUAUGCAUCAACCAAAACGGAACCUAUGGGCAUGCCUCGGCAAAAUAGUAAUAUAGCUGCUGGAGAACCAAAUGUUAAUGUCAAUAUGACUGCUGUAUCUACUGUGAAUCAAGCAGAAACUGUUCAGGCUCCUCCUCCUUUCUUGACCGGAGUUCCAAUGGUUAAUCCAGGAAAUAUUCCAGCUCCAUCCAAUACAGAGCAUAUUUCUCAGGCUCAAAUUGAUCUGCCCCCACAAGUUCAGCCGACUGUGUCACAACCUACAUCUGUAGUAUCCAAUAUGGCUGCAUAUUCUAGUAAUUUUGCUGAUACCACAUUAACAAACUUAGGCAGCAUUCCAUCAAUAUCCAAUAUGCAGCCACCAGCACCAUUGCCAAAUCUUCCUGGUAUUCCUAUGAAUCAGCCACAACCGUAUAUUCCAAUCAUGCCAGGUUAUAACCAGCCGCAGUCUGCACCCGCUGCAUACCCUCAAACCCCACAAAUGACAAAUUUAGUUCCAACAUUUGACAUGAGCAAUUUCAAUCAGGCUCCUAUACAACCACCUUCCUUAAUAAGUGGAUUGCCUGUUGUCACACCUGUGUCCUUACCAGGCAUGCCUUCUAUAACAGUAAGUGCUACAUUGCCUGUCUCAACCAUGCAAGAAAUCCACCAGCAACAGGCACAACAACAACAACAAGACUUAUUAUCAUAAAUGUUUAAUAAAUAGAGCACAGAAUUUUUUUUAAUAUUGAACAUAGUAUAUUAUAUUGAUAAAAUAAACAUCUGCGAGCUGUUAU